GUAUGUGUGUUACAGUUGUGUUAUCAUUCAGGAUUAUACAGGGAAGAAUGCUGAUAAUUUGGCGCAAUGAUGGAAAUAGCUUAUUGUACAAUAUUCUAGAUUUCUUUGUGAGUACUGUUGCUUUAUUUGUUACUUUUUUUGUAAUGCCUGAAAUGAAAAGGCGUCGCAGCAGAACAGUAGUCCCCAACGGCUGCUUGUACAUUUGCUUUCAGUGCGUCCAUGCGGAGCUCAGACAGGGAGGAUGCUGACAACCAGUUGCUGUCCAGCUGUCACAGUAAAAGUGGAGCCUCCCCUACGCACCGACGGAUAAACAUCCUCGACCUGUUGCUUCGGUAGGAAGAAAAGUAGAGCUGCGUUGUGACAGAUGCCAAAAAAGGUGCCAAAAAAGAAAACUUAAUUUCUGUUUUGAAAAGAGGUCGUAGACGAUGCCAUGAGGUGUAUCAAUGUGUUCGUUAAUAAUCUACGUUUUGAAUAGCAGAAGGAAGAGGAACGGAGUUGGUUUUGGGGGAUUCACCUCCUCGCUGUGGAGGUGCAGUUUGCGGUGAUAUCUGUCUCUAUCUCUGGGCCGUGAGGAGGAGGACCAUGGUCGAACUGGAAAAGGAGGUGCUCCCGCUGCCUCCUCGGUACCGGUUCCGAGACCUGUUGCUCGGGGACUGGCAGACCGACGACAGGGUGCAGGUAGAGUUCUAUGUGAAUGAGAACACUUUCAAGGAGCGCCUCAAGCUGUUCUUCAUCAAAAACCAAAGAUCCAGUCUGCGAGUGCGAAUGUUUAACUUUUCUCUGAAAGUGCUGAGCUGCCUCCUCUACAUUGUCAGAGUCCUAUUGGACAACCCGCAAGACGGAAGACAAGACUGCAUGAGCGGAGUAAACUGCAGCAAACAAAACACAACAUCGCGUCCCUGGAGUGAAUUUGACUGGAAACUGAUCAUCUGGGUGGAUAGACCUCUACCGCUGUGGGCACUGCAGGUGCUUGUGGUUUUCAUCAGCUUUUCAGAAACAAUGUUGCUUGUAUAUCUCAGCUACAAGGGCAACGUUUGGGAGCAAGUGUUACGUGUCCCCUUCAUUCUGGAGAUGAUCAGCGCCAUUCCUUUCAUGAUCACUGUGAUUUUGCCCUCCUUCAGAAAUCUCUUCAUCCCUGUAUUUCUCAAUUGCUGGCUGGCAAAACACGCUCUGGAGAACAUGAUAAAUGAUCUCCAUAGGGCGAUCCAGCGGACACACUCAGCCAUGUUUAACCAGGUGGUAAUACUAAUCAGCACACUGGUCUGCCUCAUGUUUACAUGCAUCUGCGGCAUCCAACAUCUCGAACGAGCGGGCAACAACCUGACCCUGUUCGACUCGCUGUACUUCUGUGUGGUCACCUUCUCCACAGUGGGCUUUGGAGAUGUCACCCCCCAAAUCUGGCCCUCGCAGCUCCUGGUGGUCAUCAUGAUCUUCGUGGCGCUCAUCGUACUUCCCAUCCAGUUUGAGCAGCUGGCCUUUCUGUGGAUGGAGCGGCAGAAGUCCGGGGGGAACUACAGUCGCUACAGGGCACAGACGGAGAAACACGUGGUGCUGUGUGUCAGCUGUCUCAAGAUCGACCUUCUCAUGGACUUCCUCAAUGAGUUCUUCGCUCACCCCCGACUACAGGACUACUACGUGGUGAUCCUUUGCCCAGCAGAGAUGGAUGUCCAGGUUCGGAGGAUCCUACACGUUCCUUUGUGGGCCCAGAGAGUCAUCUACCUGCAGGGGUCCGCCCUUAAAGACCAAGACCUGAUGAGGGCCAAGAUGGACGAUGCUGAGGCCUGCUUUAUCCUCAGUAACCGGUUUGAAGUGGACCGUAUUGCUGCUGAUCAUCAGACCAUCCUCCGAGCCUGGGCAGUGAAAGACUUCGCUCCAAAUUGCCCCCUCUACGUCCAGAUUCUCAAGCCAGAGAACAAGUUCCACGUCAAAUUUGCAGAUCAUGUGGUGUGUGAAGAAGAGUUUAAGUAUGCCAUGCUGGCUUUAAACUGUGUGUGCCCUGGUACCUCAACACUCAUCACUCUAUUAAUCCACUCCUCCAGAGGACAAAUGGCACCUCAAGAGGCCUUCAAGCAACGUGUAGGAGCCUUUCAGGCCCUCAACAGGGAGGGUGGUGCAUGUUCAUCAGACCAAUGGCACCGAACCUACCGCCGCUGCUCAGCCAAUGAGGUGCAUCACAUCCGCCUAGAAGAAAGUAAAUUCUUCGGGGAAUAUCAGGGCAAGAGUUUCACCUUUGCCUCCUUUCAUGCUCACAAAAAGUAUGGAGUAUGUUUGAUUGGAAUACGCAGAUUGGACACCACCAACAUCCUACUGAACCCUGGUCCCUGCCACAUCAUGGGGUCCUCUGAUACAUGCUAUUACAUCAACAUCUCCAAAGAGGAGAACUCAGCUUUUGUCAGGGGCCACAGGGAGCCAUCAUGGGGCAGCACGGGAGGAAAUACCAGGGAAGUGCACCAAACCAUCUACCAUGGACUCACCCGCCUGCCAGUCCACAGUAUAAUCGCAAGCAUGGGCACAGUGGCCAUUGACCUGCAGGACUCCAGUGACAGCAGCCCAGAAGGCCAGGACCCGGGGAGCACCAUGCUGGGCAGCAGAAGAGAAAGCAGGAGCAGCUCCCGGACAGAGAUGAGUGGCACUAACACUUUGGCCCUGCCUGCCAUGGGAGAGUCAGCAGAGGAGAGGCGGCGAAGCAUUGCCCCCGUCCUGGAGCUGGUGGACGGUGUCAACAACCCUGCCUUUGAUCUGCUCGGAGACCAAUCAGAGGAUGAGGGAGGAGAAGAGGGCAAAGAGGACAGUGACAGAGAUGAGAGUGCCCACUGGUGGGGUCGACACUGCGAGUGGGUGAAGGGAUACCCGCUGAACUCACCAUACAUCGGCAGCUCGCCUGCGCUGUGCCACCUUCUUCAAGAAAAGAUGCCUUUUUGCUGCCUGCGUAUGGACAAGGCGUGUCAUCACACCCCUUUUGAGGAUGCCCGCUCCUACGGCUUCAAAAACAAAUUGAUUAUUGUGUCCGCGGAGAGUGCAGGAAACGGUCUGUACAACUUCAUUGUGCCUCUACGGGCCUACUACCGACCCAGAAAAGAACUCAACCCCAUCGUGCUGCUGCUGGAGAGCGUACCUGAAGCAGACUUCCUGGAGGCAAUAUGUUGGUUCCCCAUGGUGUUCUACACAGUGGGCUCCAUUGACAAUCUAGACAGUUUGCUGCGAUGUGGAGUCACUUUUGCUGACACCAUGGUGGUGGUUGACAAAGAAAGCUCCAUGAUUGCAGAGGAGGACUACAUGGCCGACGCAAAGACCAUCGUCAAUGUGCAGACUCUCUUCAGACUGUUCCCAGCUCUAAGUAUUAUCACGGAGCUCACCCACCCAGCCAACAUGCGCUUUAUGCAGUUUAAGGUCAAAGACCACUACUCUCUGGCUCUGUCCAAACUGGAAAAGAAGGAAAGGGAGAAGGGGUCCAACCUGGUGUUUAUGUUCCGCCUGCCCUUCUCUGCAGGGAAGGUGUUCAGUGUCAGCAUGCUAGACACUCUCCUCUACCAGUCAUUUGUGAAGGACUACAUGAUCUCCAUCACCAGGCUGCUGCUGGGUUUAGACUCUAUGCCUGGCUCAGGUUUCCUUUGUGCUAUGAAAGUCACAGAGGAUGACCUGUGGAUCCGCACUUACGGCAGGCUUUACCAGAAACUGUGCUCCUCCACUGGAGACAUUCCCAUCGGCAUCUACCGGACAGAGGCACAGAAGCUUCCAGUCUCUGAGUCCAAGGUAUCCAUCACAGUGGAGGACUAUGAGGACACCAGAGAACCCAGAGAGCCCCUUUUGUCCCGGAGCGGUGGUCACCGUAACUCCACCUCCUCGGAGCCCGUCACCACCUCCUCCCACUCCUCAGACCACCCGCUGCUCAGAAGAAAAAGCAUGCAGUGGGCCCGGCGGCUGAGCAGGAAGGGGGGUCGGGGCUCCAGCGGGGCCAAGGGAGGUGCAGGCAGUGCGGCAGAGAGGAUCAACCAGCAGAGACUGACCCUGUUCAGGCGCUCGGAGAGGCAGGAACUCAACGCCUUGGUGAAAACGAGGAUGAAACACUUGGGCCUUUCUUCAACUGGAUUUAAUGGGAUGACAGACCAAGGGAACAGAUUGUCUUAUAUCCUCAUCAACCCUUCUCCAGACACCAGACUGGAGCUGCAUGAUGUUGUAUACCUGAUCAGACCAGACCCCCUCUCUCUGGUACCCAGUCAGGGUAACAGCCGGAAGUGCAGCGCCGGGAUCCCAGAGAGCCACAGGUUUGAUACGCAGGACAGCACCCAUCUGUGAGAGGGACAAAUAUACUGUCAGAACACUGCUAGAGAGAGGAGACACAACAACAGAAACAACAACAACAGAAAUCAAGAAAUGGUGGGCUGCAAAAUGGAUGCAGCCAGGCGGCAUGUCUCCCUCAUACAGUAUUUUCUUCACAUUCAGUCUCGGGGAACUGAUCAGUGCCGUUCUUGCAUGGACCUUUUCUAUAAUGAUGGGAAUGUUUUAUUUAUGCACCUUUCUAUUUUCAAAGCAGAAAGCUGCGGACACAGAAGUGCAUUUAAUGAAAAGCUGUAUGUAUUUAUAUCUGUGCAUGUUAUGUACUGCACACUACUGUGUGUGUGUGUGUGUGUGUGUGUGGGGGGGGGGUAUGUGUGUGUAUGUGUGUGUGUGUGUGCACGUGCGUUCAAGUCUGUGAAUAGAAACAAGAGCGAAACACUGCCAAAUUGAUUAGGACAGCAAAAGGAAUCUGCUGCCAAAUGAAAGUUAAGGGAUGUAUUUUUGUGUCCUUCUUUGUGUUGUAGGUGUGUUUUGUCAGACUUAAUGUUUGAAGUAUUUGAAAGUGACACUACAGUGCACAACCUUUUCAUUUUGGUCUUCAUAAAGCCUUUUUGAAACUUUUUACCUGUUGCUUACACAGUCAAACGCACACAUUUGUUUGUUUUACGCUCACCAGCAUAGGAGGAAUCCAAAGAGCAUCAGUCUCAAUAAUUGACAGACAGCAUGCAUAGUCAGUGCAGGGCAUUUAGUCACAUUGCUGUCUGAAGUGUGUUAUUGUCUUCAGCUAUGUGAGUCCUCUUAGAGCAAAUCUGUUCCUAAUUUUAUGGUUUGCCUGUUGUUUCUUAAAGUCCCGCCCUCUCUGGGCGAGCCGUCCUACCACCAGCUUGUUUUUUUUCUGACGUGCAUGUUAGAUAUGCAGGAGAUUGACAAACUAACAGGACCACAUACCAUAACAUAAUGCCAUCCAGUCCAAUAGCCCUGCAAUGAAGACUACCUUUGUGAAGCUUAUAAUGCAAUGGUUUAGAGACCUGUCAGAGAGGUGUUGAUUCAGCUGUCAGUUUUAAAGCCUGUUUAUAAGCUUUACAAUUCAUAGUUGCUGUAUUUAUUGCAUGAUAAAUAUCCACUUCAACAAGUAAUUUGUUUGCUAAUUAAGUAUUAAAAUACAUGACAUCAUUUGGUUUUCAGGAAGAAAACAAAUUGAAUUUCUCUGUAAACAAGUGAACAAUGUGCCAGUGGACAUUAUUCUGUUUGUUCAGCCUAGUCUACCUUUUUUCAUAGAUUUUAAGUAACCUGAGGUUUUAAGUUAUGUUUAAGUAUAUUACUUGUUAGGGUGGACAUUUAUGACAUUUGUUUACAAAGGAUUUUGAAGCCUUUGUAAAUCUUUUGUCAGAAAUUCUAAAUGUGCUGUUUCACACAGAAACGGUGCAGCCAUGUGGUGGGAAUGCUAACCUGCAUUCCUGCCAACACCACUGCUGAAGCUUUAGUGCCAUUAUCACAGAUGAAAAAUAUGUACAUAUUAAACUCAGUCAUUAUA